AUGGACUCCGGACUAGCUGGCAAACUUGGUCCUGAUAUCCUCGACCUUCUUGAUGAGUUUGUUGGUACCUCUGAUGACUCUGGCAUCUUCUGGCCCCACAGCACCGUCGGAAUCACUAACCAAAGAGUGACUAGUGAUUCUACCAGCCACACUAGCUUGUCGAUGCCACGCGACUCAUCUUCUAUACUGGCUCUUCCUGCUCCGGAGCAUUCUCUACCAAUGCAGCUCGAAAAUAUGAACAUAGAACACAAGUGCCAUUUGGAUGAUGCAACGAAUAGUCUGUCUUCUCGGCCACAUAUAGGCUCGAAAUCCGGUGCCAGCAACGCUGGCAAUAUGGAGUAUCUCAACAACAACUUAACUUCUGUGCCUUCCAGUUCCUCUGUUGCAAAUAGCCGAUCAUGCACCACUCUUCCAAAUUCAAACACUGACAACUUUGGGUCCGUGAGUGGUCAGUCUAUAAGCAAUCCAAUCGCCGAGCCUGACUUAUUUGCUGAGCUCCGGCCCCGAAUAGGAUCAGAUUUGACAGGUUCGUGGAUGCUUUGUCUUGUGAGUGAAGUUGGCGUCUUGUUAAAAUGGGUACCGAUCAACAGCAGCUCAACUACCUCUUGGGCUCGCCCAUCUAUACAGCGAGAAGCGUGUAUUUUCUUUUAA